UUCAUGUUCAGGAAAACAAAAAAUGAUGAUUGAUGAUGCAGCCUUGGGAUUCAUUGCCAACUCUCUUGGCAUUUUCGUCUUUGCUUUGAUUAUAGCAUAUCAUUUGGUCAUAGCCGAUCCCAAAUAUGAACCCAAUUAGAUACUAUCAUUAUUAUUUUCUGUCGUGUAUUCGAUACACAAUUAUGUUGGAUUCGGUAAUUUUGAUCGAUCUGUUUAUUCAGUUUG